AUGCGUCGGUUCCACAGGAAGACUAGAGUGGGCUGUCAACAAUGCAAAAGCCGCAGGGUGAAAUGCGAUGAGCGAAAGCCCACAUGUUCAGGCUGCCAACGACAAGCUCUAAAAUGUAGCUUUGAAUUCUUUACUCCCAGUAUGCCUAGAACUCGGCACGAACCUUCUGGAUCUUGGCCCAACCGUGACGUUCGAUUGCGAGCUGAUCCUUUCCCAUCAUCAAAUCCUAAAUCACUGGAACUGUUCCAUCACUAUAAUCAGAGGACUAGCACCACGCUUGGACGAGCUGGAAAGAUGGAUCUCUGGCUUAUCAUUAUCCCGCGAAUAGCUCUCUCGCAUGAGUUCUUAAUGCACGGUCUCCUCGCCGUCUCGGCAUUGCAUCUUUCAACUGUGCAGCCUUCUCGGAAAGAGGAAUUGGUGAAUUUCGCAUCUAGAUCCGAGAGUCUUGCGCUGCCUACAUUUCGGGAACUCAUUAAACGUCACGAUCCUGAAGAUGUCAGCGCCGUGUUUGCAUUUGCGGGUUUCAUGAUCCCGUACAUGCUUGCCGUCUCUGGCGUCUUGGGCGUAUCGUCGAUGGGGAUUCCGUCACUUGACAAGCCGCAUUGGUUCAUGAUGGCGAGAGGGUUGAUUGAUUUGUUGAGGAAGAACUGGUCGGCUUUGGAACAGGGUCCGUUUGCGUCGGUUUUGAUAUCGACUGCGCUACCUGUGGAGAAGAGCUGGAACCCGGAUGAUGCGCACUUGGCCGAAGUGCAACUGAAAUGGGAGAAGGAAAGGUCAGAGAGUGAUGUCGAUGAUGAGGGACUGGUUGAGUGGAUAAAGACUCUGGACGAGCUGAGACGGGUCUGCUCUCUGCCAUUCGUCCCGUAUCAGACUCUCACCAUCAUGAGUGCGGUCUACUUCUGGCCAGGCAUGGUAUCGUCUGAGUACAUGAAGCUGAUUUACGAACGUCGCCCAGAAGCUCUGGUUGUCUUGGCGCUUUACUGCGUUCUUCUUAAACAGGCUGACUGGAUCUGGUUCUUGAGAGCAGUGGGAGAAAAGCUGUUGGAUGCAAUCGAGGAAGAGCUGGACACAGAUUGGAAACCAUGGAUACGAUGGGCACUUGAACAGCCAUGUCGAUGA